AUGUCGAGACCAGAGGAGAUUGCACCUCCAGAGAUAUUCUAUGAUGAUAGAGAAGCAAAGAAAUACACGGCAUCUACCCGUGUUCAGCAUAUUCAGGCUAAAAUGACUUUGAGAGCAUUAGAAAUUCUCAAUCUAGAGCCCGAUGUCCCUCAGUUUGUUCUUGAUGUUGGAUGUGGAUCCGGUCUUUCUGGUGAAAUCCUUUCCGAGGAAGGUCACAUAUGGGUUGGGAUGGACAUUUCACCUGAUAUGUUGGCAACUGCUAUAGAUCGAGAUGUCAGUGGAGAUUUAUUGCUUUCGGAUAUGGGAGAUGGUAUACCAUUCAGGCCUGGAACUUUUGAUGCAGCUAUUUCAAUUUCAGCAAUUCAAUGGCUUUGUAAUGCUGAUAAGCAUUCGAACGAGCCUAAAGUGAGACUCGCAAGGUUUUUCAAUACUUUAUACAGUGCGUUAAAACGUGGAGGGAAGUUUGUUGGACAAUUUUACCCGGCAAAUGAAGAUCAGAUUGUACAGAUCACCGGUGCUGCUAAAGUUGCAGGUUUUCAGUGUGGUGUUGUGAUAGAUGACCCGGAAUCUAAAAAGAAUAAAAAGCAUUAUUUAGUGCUUCAGGCAGGUAUACCAGAUAGGCCGCUUAAUUUAGGAAACAUGUCUGUUGAGAGUGCCGUUCAGAAAAAAGAGAAAAGAUUGUCCAAAAAGAAGCUUAAGAGAAUGGAAACAAAAAAGCAGUAUAUCAAGAGGAAGAAGAUAUUGAUGAAGCGGAGGGGAAAAAGCGUUGCCAGAGACUCCAAGUUUACGGGACGAUCCAGAAGACCACAUUUCUGA